CUGUGUUCCCCAAAUGCAGCACUGGUCCCUGGUGAGUUCAGGCACUCACGCCACUCCAAAAACACAUCCAACAGAAACAAUUAUGUCCACAAAUAAAGUGGGUUUUGGACCCCCAAAGCUAGAGUCGUGUUGGGCAUCAGGGGACGGAGACCACUCAGUUCAAGUGAAGAUUGUACAGGUCCCAACCACAUGUAAACCCAGCACUGUCAUAGCCCCACCUAAAAUCAUCACCGCCAGCCAAGUCCACCAAACCACCUCCUCCACAGUGCUGACAGCCAGACACACUUCCUCUCCUUCUGUCAUGGUGGUAUCGAAGGUGACUACCUCAGGAGGAGUGAGUGCUAAAAUCCAACCACAGGUAACAAAAGCAGCGUUGAGCCAGGUUGCCUCCAUGACCCAGGCCACAACCCAAGGAAGGACGGUGGUUAUAACGGUACCCAGGGCAGCGGGUCCUCAGCCAGUCACUGUGGCCCCCCGGAUGCCACACACCACCUCCACACAGCUCCCUGCCAAUUUCCAGAUACCACCAGGUAUGAUGUUGAUCCGCAGCGAGAGUGGUCAGCUGAUGCUGGUAUCCCAGCAGGCUUUGGCACAGGCCCAGCAGGCACCAAGAGGCGUCGGUGGUCAAGCACCAAAAAUACUGGUCCCUCAGGUAUCUGCAGCAGCUGGAAAUAAGAGUAAUGAGAAGGUGACGGUGAUCAGGCUGACCGCCCCUCCCAGUUUCCAACCAGCUCCAGUCCAGAAGACAGCUAUGGUGAAGGUGAUGGGUGUAGCUCCCAAACCAGCCUUAGUGCAGCCCCUCAGCGCUGUGUCUGAACGGGGGGGCCAGCUCCGUAUUCAGACUGUCGUCACAGAAACCAAGAAGGAUCCAGAAGGCGCCGUUAGUCAG